UUUAUAAAUAGUAUGAGACAUAUAUGCCUACAGCUAUCAUUGAAUUCUAUCGCCAACCGCUAACUCCUAGGUGUGAAUCAUCAUCAUGCGAUCAGUCGCUUUACCAACGAAACGAAAGCUGCUUAUAAAGCCAGGGGAAGUAAAUCCGACACGUCCUGUCGCAAGAAAGAGAAGGGAAAGGAUUAGAAAAGCGAUGGAUAACAAAAAGAAAAUGACUGAAUUUAAGGAAGUGAAAUCAGAAGACAAAUAUCUUGUUCAAAUUGGAGAUAGAGUCAGAGUUGCCAAAAGAUAUACCGGUACAGUCAAGUUCAUUGGUCGGCUGGAAACUGAGGUUGUUUUUCCAGAAGUAUUUGUAGGAGUUCACUUAGAUGAGCAAGUUACCAAAAACAGCGGGGUAUUCCAUAAUCGACAGUAUUUUGAUUGUCCAUACGGAUACGGGAUAAUGGUGCCGUAUGGAGAAGUAAGAAAGUUAAGAGGCGAGUGUGAAGUUCCACCAAUAACAAAAAACGACUUCAUAAAAAAAUCAAAAAAGAAAACAAAACAUACGGUUCCCUAUUCAAUAAAACGAUGGAAAAGUUCAGUAGAUAUUGGAAUUCCGGAUAUCAUUCAUGAGCCAAUUAUAAAGCAAGAAAAACCGAUUCGACGAAAGAAAACAAAGGAAUCAAGAAUUCGUCCGAAAAAACUGCCAGCUUAUCCUAGAUCUCCUCCUCCCAAAUUUCACGUGACAAAGAAAACAAAACCUUUUCGGGAUCCUCCACCUAUGCAAUUUCAACCAACAAAGAAGGAGUUUCCAGUUGCAUCAUCACAAAGCAUGACAUCAAAAAUAGGGGAUCACGCGCCUCCAAGUGGCAGGGUCGUUUCACGAUUCAUGCCGGAUCCGUAUCCAAGCAGAAGUGCAUUGCAGCAAAGUUUUGCCAUGAUAACGGACUCCGCGUACAGCAGCGCCGAUAGUGGAUACAGUGAAUACGUUGCGUGGAGAGAGCAAAAUAACAAGAAAAUACAAGACUUUUUAUUGGGGCCUCCAGUAAAUCCAGCUAAAUCAAACCACCAAGAUUGGGACUUGUCGCCUCGAGGGUUCAGCAGAGCCCACACUGGAACUUGGUCGUCUUUGGAUACUUCACGAAAUAAAUCGUGGCCGAGAAAUCUAGAAGCUCCCCGUAAUAUCUCUCAAAGCCGCCGUGUCAUUUGUGCACCUGCCUCAAGCUUCGACCCAGAUGAUUAUGAAGACGGCUAUUACAAAAGAGGGAAACAUGGUCAAGAGAGGCAACAUGGGAUCACUUACAUGAAUAAUGAAUAUCAAAGUAUGCUGACUCGUGCCUACAAAGAUGCGUAUUCUACAAAAGAAACUGAUAAACACGAUUCGUACCACAGCGAACUCUACAAAAAGAACCGAGGCGUGAAUCACGAAAUAAAGAGAAUAUCUUCACAAUCAUUGUCAAGUUCAUGUUCUGAGUCAGAAAAUUCAAGUUUUGAAGAGAACGAUGUCGCAGCGAGAGAUCAUUCUUUGCGAAAUUUGGAGCAAAUAUCACCAACUGGUACAGCUACUGGACAACAAAGAGGAAUGUCAAGAGCGCGAAGUUACAAUGAUAUGGUUUCGAAAACACCGACAUGCGUUAGCAAACGAGAGUUAAAACAAUGGCGAAAAAAAUUCGGCGAAGUUGAAGCCUCACACAUGGUUACAGGGCUACAAAAAUUACAAGAUGCUUUUGCUAAAGGCAUGAACUUGACAGACACUUACGGCUUUCCUACGGCUCAAGGACGUUACGUACGAGCCGGAAAAUAACUAGAGCAAAAAUAGAGAAAUCUUUAAAUAUUAUAAUAAAGUUAAAUCAAAAUUAUUAUUUCAUUUUGUAUGUAAACAUUCCUGUCACACAUCCUGAUUAUAAAAGCCAGCUUUCGCUGCUUGCGUGCACACAUUUGGUCCAUUUCGUUAGUUUAGAAGAAAUGAUAACCAACGAUCACUUACAUUGUAUGUUAAUUGGUGGAAAGCUUUAAUAUUAUUUUAACGAAUUACGCGAUGGGAAUAUAGGCUACCAACUUGCCAAUUUGGGCAUUUUGCUUACUUUGAUAAUGUGAAACUUGGAUCACCAAUUAUGAUCCGAAUUAGUUUGGAAUAAUAUUAUCUAUUGUUUUAUAGAGAAAGAUGUAAGAGACUAGCUAUUUUGCAAAAAAUAAAUUAAGUUUCGAACGCAAUUUUGAAUUUUUUGACGGGUUCAAUUUUUUAUGUGACAGUUUCACGGGGUUCUAACAAGGUGGAAUUGAAUCAAAUCGAUAUAUUGCAUGUUAUCAUGAGGCAUGAAUAAUAUAAAUGCUCAGGCAACCGACAUCCAAAAAAUAAAAAUAAUCUCGCCUGUUUGAGCGUUAUUUUGAUAUUACCGUUUGAAAUAGUGCCAGUUGAUUUUGCUUCAUAAUCAAAAAAA